AUGUCAAAUCCUCCCUCUGAACCUGCGUCGCGCAGCUCGACACCGAACCCGGCAACGAACGCGCGCUUCACAUCCCAGAACGCGACCGCCGAAGACCUGCUCAAGUCACAGACCGUGGGCCUAGUCCAGCUCUCCGACUUCCGUAAGCGUCGCGCCGAAGCUCUCGAGCAGAAAGAACGGGAAGCGCAAGAGAGAUCAUUAGGAAGAGCUGGCACACCUGGGGGUUCUGGGGCCUCCACCCCAGUCAACGGUGCAUCGACGCCCCAACCAGCCAAAAAGAAGCGGAAGAACGUUGCCAAGGGCAAGCUGUCCUUCGGACUAGAGGAUGACGAGGAUGGGGGACAAGACACAUCAGCGACUGCAACGCCGCGCUCUGUUACUCCGGACGACCGACCCUCGAGUAGUGGCCAGUAUACUACGACAGGAGACGCCGGAACGCCUAGGAAGCGCAUGGGCCCCAACACCAGCGUCAGCUUCAUGCCCAAAGUCAUGACCAAAUCAGCACUGCUGCGUGAAGCACAGACAAGGGAACAGCUGCGGAAGGAGUUUCUUGUGAUGCAGGAGGCGGUCAAAGCGACUGAAAUCGCGAUACCAUUCGUCUUUUAUGACGGCACAAACGUACCUGGAGGCGUGUGCAAAGUCAAAAAGGGCGACCACGUCUGGCAAUACCUUGACAAAGCGAGGAAGGUGGGCGCACAGACAGGGGUCGGAGGUGGUGAGAAGAGUCAAAGAGAAUGGGCAAGAAUUGGUGUUGAUGACCUGAUGCUCGUUAGAGGUGAAAUCAUUAUACCACACCAUUACGAAUUUUACUAUUUUAUCGUAAACAAGACCGCCGGCUUCAACGGACCAAUAUUCAGCUAUUCCACCCAACCUACCGCAGCCACACCGCUUUCGACCGCGACAACUCCUGCAGAUACGUCAACAUACGAUCCGUUAGCUAGACCGGAGAAGACGGAUACCCCGUCAGCAACCGAUGCAGAGCUUGAAGGUUUCAAUGAAGAUGCCGCCAUAACCAAGGUCGUAGAUCGGCGAUGGUAUGAACAAAACAAGCACAUCUUUCCCGCCAGUAUCUGGGAAGAGUUUGAUCCUACCAAAGAUUACACCACGGGCAUUCGAAAAGAUACGGAGGGUAACGCGUUCUUUUUCUCGUGA